AACAGCACGUGAAUCGGUGAGUCGCGGAGAGCGUAAACAAUAAAAUUAAAUUAUUUUGUGCUUGUGCAUUGUCUUCGUGCCUUCGUGGUGAAAGAAGGAAUUGCAGUUUACCUAGUAGAAGGGCUCAUACCUACUCAUACGUUAUUUAAUGUCAAUGAAAUGUCAUCAUCCGAGUAUGAUUAUGAUAGGGAAAGUGAGAAAAGGGAGGAGUGCAAGCAAAAAUCCAAAAAACGACGAAAUUAUUUUAAUAAUGACUGGCAGCAAACUUACAGUUGGCUUCUUAAAGGCAAAGAAGAAGGCACUGCAAAAUGUAUUGCUUGUAAUUCUGAGUUUUCCAUUGCCAAUGGAGGAGUUUAUGAUGUAAAGAAACAUAUGAAAACCGGAAAACAUAUAAAACAAGUGGAAAAUUCAGCAAGAACCCCAAAUAUAUUAUCAUUUUUCAAUUCUACAUCUACAGCGGCAUCUACAAAGAAUAAUUACAGGACAGCAGCAGCAGAAGAUUGUUUUGCGUAUCAUACUGUACAACAUGCACAUAGUUAUAAUUCUGCUAACUGUAGCAAUUCACUUUUUUCAGUAAUUUUUCCUGAUUCCAAAAUAGCCCAGACAUUUUCUUGUGGAAGAACAAAAUUGACUAAAGUUGUUACCAAUGUUUUGGCAAAGGAAUCUCGUAAACUUAUCAUUCAAGAUCUCUCGGGAAAUCAUCCAUUCAGUUUGGCCACAGAUGCAUCGAAUAAAGGUAAUAUAAAAAUGUUCCCUCUUGUUGUGAGAUAUUUCAAAAAAGAUGUUGGUGUUCAAACCAAACUUUUGAAUUUUUUUGAUUCUUCUUCUGAAACAUCUAAAAUUAUAGCAAACUGCCUUAUUGAAAAAUUAAAGGAGGCUAAUUUAAAUCCCCAAAAUGUAAUAAGUUAUUGUGCAGAUAAUGCCAGUGUAAAUUUUGGGAAAAAUCAAAGCGUCUUUGUUGAAUUGCAAAAAUUUAAUUCUGAAUUAAUUGAUGUGGGUUGUCUUUGCCACGUGCUGAAUAAUUCCAUAAAAAAUGCUUCAAAUUGUUUGAAAUUUGAUUUGGAAUGCAUUAUUAUGAAAACAUAUAAUACAUUUUGCUCUCAUUCUAAAAGGAAACAAGAACUAUUGGAAUUUUAUGAUUUUUGUGAUGUGGAAUACAGUGAAUUAUUGAGGCAUGUCCCUACUAGGUGGCUUUCUCUAGUACCAGCUAUAGAUAGGCUUUAUAAAAACUUUGAGCCAAUAAAAAGUUAUUUUCUAUCAAUGUCUUCUUGUCCAGCAUUACUUCAUGAUUUUUUCACAAAUGAUCUAGCUGAAGCAUACCUAGGUUUAGUUUCAAAUAUUGGCACAUUAAUUCAAAAUGUAAUUUUAAAAUUAGAGGGCGAAGGACCUAUUAUAAUAGAGAUAUAUGAUCUAUUGUCAAAUUUGCGCAAUUCACUAAAAUCAAAGUUGGAGCAAAAAUAUUAUGGAAUGAUAGCACAUCAAGCAAUGCAAAAAUGUGAUGACUUCAAUGAGGUCAACUUGUUUAAGAAGAGAGCUGAAGCAUUUAUUUCAAAAAUUGUAGAUUACGUAGAGCAAAGAUUUGAUUUUACCCAGAAUCGCUUUGAAAUCCUAAAAAUAUUUAAAUUAGAAACUAUGCCAACCUUUGAGAAAAUUUUAGAAUUACUACAAAAAUUUCCUAUAAAAAAUAUUAACACUGAUAUUCUUUUUGAAGAGUACGUCAUAUUAAAACAAAAAUUUCCAUCACUUGAAAAUCUUUCCUUUGAACAAAAGUGGGUAACAUUUUUAAAUACCUGUCAAGUACCUAAUUUUGAAAAAAUUGUUAAUUUUGUUUUUGCUCUGGCUCAUUCAAAUGCAAUGAGUGAACGAAUGUUCAGUUUGAUGUUUCAAGCUUGGCGAAAAGAUAGAAACCGGUUAUCUUUGAAAACCAUUGAAGCCGAAAUCAUGGUGAAACAUAAUUAUGGGAAAACUUGCAAAGAUUUCUAUAACUAUGUCUUAGAAAAUGAAAAAUUACUAAAAACCAUCACAUCCAAUGAAAAAUACGUAGAAUAAUAUUUUAAUAUCUAGCUAAGUAGUUCAUGUUUUAAUAUAAGUAUAUACCUAUAAUUAUUUUUCGCUUUUAUCCAAUGUAUUAUACACCUUUUUUAAAUAAAAUUUGUCUUCUUGUCUUGUAAAUGUAAAUACGAGUAGUUUUUGUAAGGUAUCAUAUUAUGUCACAAAGUCUUCUUUCUUAAUUGGUAUCCCCAGAAGUUGAAUAAAUGUAUUUCUUUCAAUGCUCAAACAUUUGAGUAAAUAAUUGACCAGUGUGUUUACAAUCUUGAAAUGCCGCAUUUAAUGGCCUAUAUUCUACGCAUUUUUGUGGUCUGAGAAAGACGUAAAUUAGU